AUGGCUCAUUUCGUUCCUGCAAAGAAGUCAUUCACAGCAGCAGAUACCGUGGAGCUUCUCGCAGACCGUCUUAUCCGCUGUUACGGAUUUCCAGAAGUGCUUAUAUCGGACAGCGACCCCCGUUUCCAGUCGGAUCUAUGGCACCAAUUCUGUCGCCACUUUAAUAUCAAACGGCGCAUGUCCUCGUCCUACCAUCCUCAAAGCGACGUUCAAACUGAACGUGUUAGCCGCACACUCGAGCAGAUGCUUCGUACCUACAUCCAAUCUGACGAACGCGAGUGGCAGCGUUUGCUUUCGGCCUUGGAACUUGCUUACAACACAGCAAGUCAUUCCUCCACCGAGCUCUCUCCCUUCGAGGUCAUGAUUGACGAGAAUCUGCUGGCUGCUGCGAACCUUGAUAUCGUAGGCGCGUUAGCUGCUACGCUCACUCCUCCGAUGACUAAGCUUUGCCGGCAGCUCUGCGACAGAGCACAGAGCCACAUGCUGAAGGCAAAAUGGCAGCAGAAGUACUACGCAGACACAAAGCGCCGAGCCGUGGAGUAUGUAGUGGGAGGCAAGGUUUGGCUCAGUAACAAGCACUUACCGCGUUUUAACAGCUGCCCUAAGUUCGAGCCCCGUUACCGCGGACACUUUGAAGUCAUUGAACGUAUACAGACCGCUGCCUACAGCCUCGCUUUGCCUCGUACUUAUGCAUGCCACAACGUUUUCCUUGCUUUGAAGUUAGGUCCCCACCGGCCCCGCCCUCCAAACUUGGUUCCCCAGAGAGCCGAUACCGCCUGGCCCCCUAUCUGCGAUGCGGCAGCAAGUCCAACAGAGGAGGAUGAGGCCGAUUAUAUUAUGGACAAGCGCGGCUCAGGAACCGACGCCCAGGAUCUCAUCAAGUGGCGCGGUACUCCCGAAGAUCAAGCCACGUGGGAGCCCGCUCACCACCUAACAGGGUGCCCGGCAUUCCUUUGCGCUUGGCAUCGCCGCCAGCGGAGACGUCUUCAGGCUCGAAAACAUCUUGCUCCGAAGCGUAGCGAUUUGGCUCCGUCAGCUUCCGCCGCCCGCAAUGCGGGCAGCCUUACCUGA